UCGUGGCGCUGUCCUUCAAAGUUCAGGCUUCUUCCUCUAUAAACUAAGUAAACUUGAAUCAAUCAGGAAAAUGCCUAGCUACAAGGUGACCUACUUCAACGGACGUGGCCGUGGCGAGCUCGUUCGCAUGUGCCUCUCGUAUGCCGGACAGGAAUUCGAGGACAAACGCCUCGACGGUGGCUGGGACGAAUUGAGGAAAACAAUGAUGCCUCCCUACUUGCCAGUUCUAGAGGUGGAUGGUGUGAGCCUGCAUGAGACAUGCCUGAUUGCACAAUACAUUGCCUGCAAGCAUGGCUUUGGAGGUGAAUCGGAAGAGGACAAGAUCAUUGUCAGCUCUUACACAUUCUACGUUGAAAGCCUGUUCGCAGCUGGUGGCAAAAUAUUCAGGGAGAGCAACGAAGAGCGCAAGAAGGAACUGAAGACUGUGUUUGACGAUAAGACACUGCCAGACUUUCUCGAAAGGAUGGAAGGAAUUGUCUCCAAGAAUGACGCGGGAGUGCUCUACGGGAAAUCGAUCACUCAAGCUGACAUUCAUUUCUACGUCACAACAUCGAUGUUCAAGCAAGGCAACCCAGCGGUCCUUGAAAAGACUCCAGCUUUGCAAGCGCUGUUCACCAAAGUUGAGACGUCACCAAAGAUUGCAGAAUGGGUUGCCAAACGCCCAGAAACAGCUUGGUAAUCAGAGAUUGCAGAAUGGGUUGCCAAACGCCCAGAAACAGCUUGGUAAUCAGAGAUUGCAGAAUGGGUUGCCAAACGCCCAGAAACAGCUUGGUAAUCAGUGACUAAUCACACUACAUACAGGAUCAUCGCCCAUUGCCAAUACGGCGAGAAGCCAUCUGACCGCGCACCUCCACCGGCAUUGCUUUGCUUCUAGCGUCAUUUCAGAACUGCUGCUGCUUUCUUUCACCUGUCUUGAACUUGUAGUAAAAGUACCUCUUGCAAAAUUAAACCUUUUCUCACCGGCU